CGGACCACCUGUCGCUCCGCAUCUAACGCAGACGCGUUCAAAGUGCGAUACGAUUGCAAUAUAUUUGUGUAAAACUGUUGAGAUUUGUUUCAAACUGUGCCAUUUUAGCUAAAUUUAUUGACAGAAAACUUUAGCAGUAUGAAGGUUAUGCCUAUCCAGCAAUGGAAUAUUUCUUCUGCCUAAAACUUCGUGGACCCCUAUCAUAUAAAAGAAAAUAAUUAACAUCUGGCCAAAAUGUCGAACGACACACUGGAUAAUGCAACUUGUGAAAUCGUCUCACCAGACAACGUACUACGGAACCCUUUCUUCCAAAGUGCGGUGUACUUAAUGUACAUAAUAAUAUUUUUCGUCGCCCUAAUCGGCAACGGAUUCGUUUGCUGCAUAGUGUUGUCGUCCUCGCGGAUGCGGACAGUGACGAAUUAUUUCAUCAUGAACUUAGCCGUAGGUGACAUACUAAUCGCUGUUCUAUGUGUUCCCUUCACAUUCGUACCCAUCCUAAAACAAUAUUGGCCCUUCGGAUCAUUCUUGUGUGCGAUGGUCGGCUACGCCCAGGCCGUGUCCGUGUUCGUAAGUGCGUACACCUUGGUCGCGAUCAGCAUAGACAAGUACAUAAUCAUAAUGUGGCCACUGAAACCGAGGAUCUCCAAAAAUUUUGCCGCGUACGUGAUUAUACUCGUCUGGAUCAUUGCUGGAAUCACGGUCUUGCCCAGCGGGCUGCUCACCAAAUUGGUGCAGCCUUCUUACAACUGGACCAACGAAACCAAUAUUUACAUUGAGUGUGACAUGUACGUGUGUCAAGAAGACUGGGAGGGAUCGUACAUAGGUCCAGAAUAUUACGAGUUGUACACCAAAAUAUUGAUGAUCUUGCAAUACGUAGUGCCGUCUAUUGUGCUUUUGUUUACAUAUUCAAGUAUCGCAGUCGUGAUCUGGUGUCAUAGGAUACCAGGUGAAGCAGAAAACUCACGAGACAGACGAAUAGCGAGAUCCAAAGCGAAGAUUCCAAUAAUUGUAAUUCCAAAAAAUCCGAAAAAGAUGAUAAAAAUGAUGGUGACAGUCGUUUUCGUCUACUCCCUUUGCUGGCUUCCAUUCAACAUUCUUUUGAUAUUCCAAGACAGUAUUAGCCCGACUGUUUUAAAAUUCGUCUACUUUCCACUACACGGCUUGGCGAUGUCUCACGCAUGCUACAACCCGAUAAUCUACUGCUACAUGAAUUCCAGAUUCCGCGACGGACUGUUCAUCGUUCUCAGGUCGAUUCCCUGCUGUCGAAAAUACCUGGCGCAACGUACCUCGUCCUCCGCCUAUCCACGAACAGGAGUUGAAGGCACUGAAAGUUCAGUCUUGCAUAGGAAUAAUACUUGUACCACGUACAUAAGUAUGAAAAGAAAAAAUUGCACAAGAUUGUCGUCGACUUGCACCCAUCAGUUGCCUGUCAGAUCGGCGUCCAUGAUGCGAACAACUGGCAACGCGAACGGGACCAGAAGAAUGAGAUACCAACAGGGUAUUUUAGAUGAACAAAUUUAAUG